CUUGCUACCAAAAUGGGUUUUAUCGUAGAACACCUCGCCAUCCUCACCGCUGAGCACACAUCAAUUUCAUCAAUUAUCUCUUUCCCAAGCUAAUUUUCUUCCUAUAUAUUUCCAUUUUGCUUUGAAUAAAGCUCCAGUCUUAUAAUAAAAAAAUCCAGUUUGUUCUAAUAAUAAUUCUGAAAGAAACUGUAAUUUAUCCAUCACCGUGAAAUAUUGCUUGUAUUUUCCUUGGAAAAGUACGAGCUUCAGAUUGUGAGAUCUGAAACCCUUUGCAGUCUGGGUAAGUAAUCUAGCUUCUUAUACUUUUUUGGGCAACUUUUUUACUCUCUUAUUUCAGGACGUGCAUCUGUAGUUCUGUACGCACAUUCGUAUUUAUAAUAGUCUUUGGGUAAUGAAAGAUUGAAUUUUUAUCCUUUCCACUUAAGAAAAUUCAGUGUGAGUAGCUUAAACGGGGUUAUUACAAGUUUAUACGCAGACCCACUUGCUUAAUUCGUUGGGUUUUUAGUAUGGAACUGUUCAAUUGAGAAAAAUUUGGGACAAGAUUCUGAAAAGUGUUCACAUUGCUGCAAUCCUAAGCUAUAAAUCUGCAGUAAUUCAUAUUUGCUGUCGAAAUAUUUGUUUGUCCUUUUUUUUCUGUAUUUCUCGAGGACCAAUUGAAGUGCUAGAUAGGUGGGUCUUCAAUAAAAAAAUUUAGGGUUUUCUCCACUGGUUCUAACAUAAGAAACAUAAACACAAUAAACAAUUUUGGAAUAAAAUCGACUGUGGGGGGUUUUAAGAGAAACAUGGAUUACCGUCGAGAAAGCGGAUUUUCUAGCGGAAACGUCGUGCAAAUCCUUUCCGGAAACCCUCGGAACAUUAACAGUACCGAAAAUUGGGAAGCUGAGUGGGCCACCGAGGACGAUUACGGAAUGUUCAACAACGAGCCUUACACAGACUCCAAUUCGAACUACGAAGUUCAGCCCUCCUCCCAAACCCGAUCAGGCAGCGAGCCCCCGAACAAAAGAUCUCGAAAUUCCCAAUUGGCUGACCUGGCAGCUUCGAACCGAUCCAAGGCCAUCGGUAAAAUGUUCUACAAGACAAAACUCUGCUGCAAAUUCAGAGUCGGCACUUGUCCUUACAUAACAAACUGCAAUUUCGCGCACAGCAUCGAGGAGCUUCGCAAGCCGCCGCCCAACUGGCAAGAAAUAGUGGCGGCCCACGAUGAAGACCACCGUGUGGCAACUUCCGAGCCGAGAGAGGAAUAUCAGAUUCCGAUUCUUGGAGUUGGUGACGAGAGGUCUUAUAAAGGGAGGCAUUGCAAGAAGUUCUAUACAGAGGAAGGGUGCCCUUAUGGUGAGAGCUGCUCGUUUCUUCACGAUGAGCAGUCGAGAGCUCGGGAGAGCGUGGCCAUCAGUUUGGGCCCGGGUAGUGGCGGAGGUGGUGGGCCCGGACAUGGGAAUAAUAAUAAUAAUAAUAAUAGUAAUAAUAAUAAUAAUGUGAAUCAGUCUUUGGUGAAGCCUUCGAAUUGGAAGACGAGGAUUUGUAACAAGUGGGAGCUUACGGGGUAUUGCCCGUUCGGGAGCAAGUGCCAUUUUGCGCAUGGAGCUGCAGAAUUACAUCAGUAUGGUGGGGGCCCACUAGAUUCAGACAUUAACGAGUCUUCUACUCCCGAUGCCAAGCAAGGGGCCUUACCCGUUAAAACCUCUGUGGACCAGAUAGUUGGAUCUCAUACUUCUUUGCCUCAUAUGGAUGGUUAUCAUAUUGGGCUCCCAUCACAAAGAUUGUCGUCUAAUGUGGGCCUGAGAGCUGGACACAGGCCCAUGCAGAAAUGGAAGGGCCCCGACAAAAUUAGCAAGAUAUACGGUGACUGGAUUGACGACCUCUAGAUAACGAGAUUUCUAAUAAAGCUCAAAUUGCAUUAGUAUGAUGGUGUUAUGUUGUUGUAGCAGUAAUGAAGUGUUGUUUGUAAGCAUAUCGACUUCCUUUGGGCGAGUACGGGUUUUUUUUUCAGACGCUCAAAUUAUGUGUGUUUUUUUAAUGUUGUGAGGAAAUGUCUGGUGACAGUGUAUAAUGAAUGAUGUUUUUGCUCUUUUGAGGGUCCAUUGUAAGAUUGCUCUUAUGCGUGACUCUGUUUGUUUUCUUGGCUGUAUCAUGUCACUAUCAUCGUAUCAGCAUCUUCUUCUUCGUGUUUAGACUUCCCGGUAAAUGGUGAUCUUUGCAUUCUACUGGGGAUUUUGGUAGAACUUUAGUGUUGCAAUAUUGUAUGCAUUGUGGUGUGUUAUAUCUUGUUUGAUUAAAGAGUGUUGCAGUUAUUUUAUUUUAUUACAGUCUAGGACUGUAAAUUUGAUGUCCUAUUUAUG